CAUGUGUCACUGUGGGUCGAAUCAUUAUUGACAUGAGGGGGGUGUACGCACGGUAGCUCCUCUAUAAAGAGAGUGGUAUCAGUGUGUAUUAACGUAAAGUAGACAGGAAAUACAGUUAACACAUUUAAUCUUACUCUUUAAAGUUUUUGUCCUAUUUUAACGUGAUUCGGUUCCUCAGGUAGAGCACACUGGACUAGUCCAUCACUGGUCGGCCCCUGGAGCCGGUGUUCGGUGACACGCUAGAAACUGAUGUAACUUUAGCCGGCUUCAGCUCCCUUCAAAGAGGACCGGAAAUUUGUCCGGUAAAACCAUAGGGUAAACCCGGUACCAAGGGAACAUUCUCCAGUCUUCGGUCUCAUACAUGGCCCGGUUCUGUUCGUGAAGAGACAGCGGCUCUCCGGUAGACUUCAGGGAACCAUGAAUCCAGCUCGGCGCUGCUCGGCGUUGCUCGGCCAGCUGUGUGUGUCCUCCCGGGGGGGACCGGCUGGCAGGAGGCCGUUCUCACCGGGAGCAGUGACGGCCCCGGCGGGAACACGGGGCUGUCACCCGGGGCUGGCAGCAGCAGGAGGAGGAGGAGGAGGAGGAGGAGGAGAAGGGGGAAUCAAUGGGACCGGUCCACAGCUCAAGCCGAGUCGGGUAUCCAACAUAGCAGCACCAGCUCAUCCAAUGGGCGCCAGCAGCAGCAGCAGGUUGUUUGGUACGUUGGCCCAGACGCUCCACAGCGCCCCCUUGGCCCAACCAGACCUGUACCCAGAGGAGAACCAAGACCGGGACCUGUCUGAGAUCGACCCAGACCAGCUGCUCAGAGAGUGCGAGGAGGCCCUGCAAAACCGUCCGGCACGUCCACACCGGGACCUGGUCUUUCCUAGCAGUUUGAUGCCCCGCCACAAGCACAGCCCCUCCAUCCGGGUCAUGCAAUGGAAUAUACUCGCCCAAGCUCUCGGCGAGGGGAAGGACGGGUUUAUUCGCUGUCCACUGGACGCUCUCAACUGGCAGGAGAGGAAGUACCUGAUCCUGGAAGAGAUCCUGACCUACCGCCCCGACAUUCUGUGUCUUCAGGAAGUGGACCACUACUACGACACGUUCCAGCCCAUCCUGGCCAGCCUCGGCUACCACGGCAACUUCCUGGCCAAACCCUGGUCCCCAUGUCUGGAUGUGGAGCAGAAUAACGGUCCUGACGGCUGCGCUCUGUUUUACCGCCACUCCCGGUUUUCCCUGCAGGCCACAGCUCACCUGCGUCUGUCCGCCAUGAUGCUGCCCACCAACCAGGUGGCCAUCGUGCAGACCCUGAGCUGCAGGGAGACCGGGCGCCGUCUUUGCGUGGCCGUCACACACCUGAAGGCUCGCAGCGGCUGGGAGAGGCUGCGAAGCUCGCAGGGCGCCGACCUCCUGCAGAGCUUACGGAGCAUCACGUCCCCACGCUCUGACAGCGAGGCAGCGUCAGGCGGCGUCCCUCUGCUGGUAUGCGGCGACUUUAAUGCAGAGCCUUCAGAGGACGUUUACAGACGCUUUAGCUCCUCCCCCCUCGGCUUGAACUCCGCCUACAAGCUGCUGAGCGCCGACGGACAGACCGAGCCCGCGUUCACCACGUGGAAGAUUCGCCCCUCUGGAGAGAGCUGCAGCACUCUGGACUACAUCUGGUACUCCCAUGAUGCUUUGAGUGUGGACUGCCUGCUGGACAUUCCCACCGAGGAGCAGAUCGGACCAGACCGCCUCCCCUCUUACCAUUACCCCUCAGACCAUCUGUCCCUGCUCUGUGACGUCAGCUUCAGGGACCAGAACCUCAUGUAGACGGCCAAACACAGCAGACCUGGACCAAAUAGAGGGGAGCACCUGAGACCUGGAGACCAGAGGUGGAAUACUUCAGACCUGUAGACCAGAGGGGGAACACCUGAGACCUGUAGACCAGAGGAGGAACCUGAGGAUGACAGAGAACAGCAGAAACAGGGCGGAGUCUCAGAGGAGCAAGAGGAACCCGGUUAGAGCUUUAAAUGUUCAUACGUUAGACUGUAACAGGAUGAAAUGAUCUUCUCAUGAUGUGGGUCACUCUAAAGGUUCAGGUUCAGAUGUCACAUCACUCUUAUCAGCGUUGACCUCUGACCUCCUGAGGGUCACAGCGAUCAAUAAAGCAAACCUUCAUCAUAAUGCAGGUACUCCCACCUGUACGAGGAACAUCUACAGCACGCCAGAUUUCAGCCAAUCCCUGACCUACUGGAUACAGUGAAACUGGGACUCAGUGAAACGGUACUCUGCCCAACAGAGGAAUCCUGGUCCAGAAACCGGAGGAGAAGGAGGGUCUGUGUUGAACCACAGUGACUAAACGGAUGGUCCAUGUUGGUCUGAACGAGCCCCUCCAGUCUGUGUCGGGGUUUUUGAAUAUGAUCCUGACUGGGAGGAGAACCCUUCGCCUCUGCUGACUGAAGUCUGACAUGUUGGGACCACUGAGAGGAGAAGAAGUCCCUCUCCUCUGGUCUGGACUGAUGUUAGUGUACCUGGACUCAGGGUUGAUGUGGACUUCAGUUAUUUAUUGUUUCCAAAGCGACACUUUGACUCCGGAUCGUAUUAACUUAUUCUUUUUACUUUAUUUUAUGACGGACAGACUCUGGAGAGUUUUAUUAUGACUGGUAAUAAAGUAACUUUGCUGCUGUUGGAAGAGUUCAUAUAUGAAAUAAAGCUCUUUGUACUCUGA